AUGACUCUACUUGACAACUACAAGCUAUUUACGGACUUUGCGCCAACAACUGAAAUUUCAACGCAAAAUACAACUGCUUGGCGCUUUUCUCCAGAUGAAUAUUUUGGAACAGGAAAAGACGGAACUCUUGUUGUAAACGAGCUUGACACUGUAAGAAUAAAUAAAUUUGCUCAAGUUCUCAAGGUUACCAAGAAAGGCAGCAAAAAAUUAAAGGUCAACCGUGUCAACAUAUUUACUGCUGGAAAAGAAGUUUACAUUAUUCAGAUGAAAGGAUCUAAUGCUGGUGAAUCAAUGUUUGCAAGAGUGACGACUGUUGACUUUAACAGAUCCUUUAUAAUCAUCAGCGCGGGACUAACUUUUGAUUGUAGCUCAACAGAAAGUAAUCGUUGUCAAGUAGUAACGGUACCACAUUUUGUAAGUGUCACCCUGAAAGAUCAAGCAACAAUUUCUGGCGCCUCUUGGAAUGGAGAAACAGGUGGAAUUAUAGUUUUCAGAAGCAAAAACAUGGCAGACGUUGGCUCACGGUCAAGCCAAAUUUCUGCUUGUGGAAUUGGAUUUCGUGGAGGCACAUACGGAGAAAAUGGAAACAAAUAUGGUUUUCAAGGAGAGAGUUACACAGGAUCAGCAAGUAGGAGUCAUGCAGCUAACAGGGGUGGUGGUGGUGGAGGAAGUCGAUAUUCAAGUGGAGGUGGCGGUGGAGCACAUUCAUCUUCUGGAUCUGAUGGCUCAUACGGCAAUGGAGGAGUAGCGUAUGCCACAUCUUCUCUGACAGAGAAAAUAUUCAUGGGAUCUGGCGGUGGCGGCGGUGGUAAAGAUUCGACGUGUUGUGCUUUACCGGGAGCAGGAGGAAACGGUGGUGGUAUUGUAAUGAUAUUUACUCCUGUAAUCAUCGGAUCAGGAGGAACAAUUAGUUCAUGUGGUGGUAAAGGGCAAGAUGCCGGUCAUAACUUUGCUGAAGGUGGAGACCAAGGUGGUGGCGGAGGAGGAGCUGGUGGUUCAGUUCUCUUAAUUACUGAUUCUGAAAUACCCAAAAAUGGAUCAGUGAGCAUAGACGUAACAGGAGGAGCUGCAGGAACAAAAUCAAAUGUCGAAUACAGAGCAAAUGCUGGCGGAAAAGGAGGAUACGGAGUGUAUAAGUGGUUGCAAAAUACACGCGGACCAAUGACUCUGUACUAGACAAACCAAAUGAAUGCGACCAAUUGGAAAUGAAGAAUGACAUUGAAUUGACUAGAUAAGGACACACAUAAUGCUUGCGUGACUAAAAUCUCUAAACAGUGACCACGAUUGCAUGUUAGAGUAGAUGGUAACGAAAACGGAAACAGCCGUUGAACGAUGGAACUACAAUAGCAAGCAUUUAGACGUAUACUGUACGAUUGAGCAGUGUAGCUGGAACAAACGAGCACAA